ACACUUCUCUGGCUGCCUCACCGUUGCCCUGCCUGCUGGGUUCACACCGCUUGGAAAAAGUCAGCGGCUGCCACAGCCCACCAAAGCUUCAGGCUCGUUUCUCCAUCAUCGGACGGGGCAUUGCCGUGUUCAGAUAAGCUGCUCCCACCAUGACCACGUCAUACCGGCAAGAGCUGGAGAAAUAUAAAGACAUCGAUGAAGACAAGCUCCUGAAGGAACUUUCGCCAGAGGAACUGGCCCAGUUGGACCUGGAGCUGCAGGAAAUGGAUCCUGAAAACGUCAUGCUCCCAGCUGGGCUUCGUCAACGAGACCAGACCAAGAAGAGCCCUACGGGGCCACUGGAUCGGGACGCCCUCAUGCAUCACCUGGAGAAACAGGCGAUGGAGGUGAAGGAGCGCGAAGACCUGGUGCCCUUCACUGGCGAGAAAAAAGGAAAACCCUUCAUCCCGAAGAACCCCAAGCGAGAGAUCCCCAAAGAAGAGCAGAUCACGCUGGAGCCCGAACUGGAAGAGGCCUUAGCUAAUGCCACUGAUGCAGAGAUGUGCGACAUUGCUGCCAUCCUAGGCAUGUACACACUGAUGAGCAACAAGCAAUAUUACGACGCUAUCUGCAGUGGCAACAUCACAAACACAGAAGGAAUAAACAGUGUGGUGCAGCCAGAUAAAUACAAGCCAGUCCCGGACGAGCCCCCCAACCCCACCAACGUGGAUGAGACGUUGAAGAAAAUCCAGAGCAACGACAAAGAUCUUGAAGAAGUUAACCUUAACAAUAUUAAGGACAUUCCCAUUCAGACACUGAAAGAAAUCUGUGAAGCCAUGAAAACCAACACUCAAGUGAAGAGGCUCAGUCUGGUGGCCACCCGGAGCAACGACCCAGUGGCACAUGCAGCGGCUGAGAUGCUGAAAGAGAACAAGAUCCUCCAAAGCCUCAAUAUUGAAUCCAACUUCAUCACCAGUGCCGGGAUGAUGGAAGUCAUUAAAGCCAUGAAGCAGAACACCACACUGUCCGAGCUCAAGGUGGACAACCAGUGUCAGAGGCUGGGGGACUCAGUGGAGAUGGAGAUGGCCGCCAUGUUGGAAAACUGCCCUUCCAUCAUCCGGUUUGGCUACCACUUCACACAGCAGGGACCAAGAGCCAGGGCAUCCAUUGCUAUAACCAAGAACAACGAACUACGUCGCAAGCAGAAGAAAACAUAAUGACUUACUCCCUGCCAGAAUCCAGAGUGCCCUUAGCGCCUUCCUGUGCCUAAAAAUUAGGUCCUGAGCUCUGACCCUCUCCCAAGGUCAAGGCUUGUAAGCAGAAAGAAUUUUUUAAAAAGAUUUAUUGGAAAUAGCAGCCUCCUGUCUUGUCCCCCCUGCCCCCCCCCAAAACCUCUCCUCAUUCUUGCAAACUCAGGUUCUUUCUUCCUUGGAGUCCUAUUACCACGUCCUAGACUUUGGUUACCUCUGUAAAUAAAGAGAUCUCAGACCGAUA